AUGUCCUCUUCCGAAAAUACUCCUCGAAUUACAGCGGCUACUCGUCAGGCUUUUAAGCUGAGUACAGUAAGAAUUGUCGGCAAGCUAGAAAAUGUCAUCAGUUCUAAUAAAGGUCAGUUUGAAGCUGACGGAUUGUUUCAAGGAACAUUACCUGAUUUAGAUCGAGUUAACUGGAGAGUUGGAUCAUGUUAUGAGCUGAUAGGGCAAGUGCAGAAUGAUUUAGAAAUUAAGGUGCUGUCAGCUAUCGACAUGGGGACCAACCCUGCAAUCAUACCGAUUUUUAAUGAACUAGCAGCAGUGUCGCACAGGUUUCCUGAAGUAUUUCAAGAUUAA